AUGGCAGUCCGUCAGUUCCUCGCGGCAUCUUGCCUGGCCAAGGAGAUUGAUGCCCCUCGCCAACAAGGAUUCCUCAUCAUCAUGGGUGGCUUUCAUUUCUUCAAACGAAGUCGAGGAUCGUCGCAGAAUUGGGCUGAGGCUGGAAAGAAAGCCUUGGAGGAGAAUCAACCAUUGGUCAAAAAAUCGGUCAUCGAAGCGAGAGACGGACGUAGCCGGCUGCCAAGCCAAAAGACGACCAAUCCAUUCGAAGAGGGGUUUGGAGAACCUGUUCACCCUCUCGAUGAGUUUGAUGUCUGUCGUCUUCUCAAGGCUAGUAAGCUUUACCUGCCUACAUCUGCCGAGCUGGAAGACAAGUACAAGAGUGAUGGACUUGCAAAGCUCCUCGUCGUGGUCCAAACGCUCUGGUUCAUUGCUCAAUGUAUUGCACGCAAGGUCAGCAAACUCCCGCUCACGGAGCUCGAGGUCAUUACGCUUGGGUAUACCCUGCUCACCGUGGCUAUGUACAUUGCAUGA